UUUAUUACAGUGGGGGAGUUUGAGUAUAAAAGAUGAUGAUGAUUUUACAAAAAAGUAUAGUCAAGCAAAAAUGAAGUGUCUUUUAGUAUUUUGUCUUUUAUCAAUUUCAUAUGCCACCAUUGUGGUUGGUUCGCAUUCUAGACAGAAAAGAACGUUGGGAUUAAUUGCAGAUAUACUUUCAACUACACUUAAUGGUGGUGGUGGUGCUACUAGUAUUUCUCAAUCUGAAAGCCAUGCAAGUGGUGGAAAGACAUUUACAAAUACAAAUACCCAAGCAACUGGAGGUGGUGUGGCUGACGCAGAUGCUGGAGCUUUUACUGAUGUAAAUGGCGGUUGGAAUGGUGUACAAUCUGGAUGGACUGGAGGAUUCUCUGAACAUGGAAGUGGACAACAAGGAUGGACAAAUGAUAAUAGAUAUCAAAAUCAGUAUCAAAAUACAGGUGGAUACAGUCAGGGACAACAAAAUCAAUGGAGUAAUGCUGGUCAAAAGGAAUGGAAUUUUCAACAAGGUGGACAAAAUGGAUAUCAUUUUGAACAAAGUGGUGAAAAUGGAGGUGUACAUGGACAAAGUGGUUGGGCUUAUGGACCCACUGGAUGGGUAUACGGACAACAAGGUGGCUCAAGUAAUGGUGGAGCAUGGACUGGUAAUCAGUAUCAACAAGGAUACGUUACAGGAGGACCGUUCAAGUGUGUUUGUGAAAACUUGGCACCAGGAAGCCAGACACCACCGAUAGUAUAUUACCCUCCACCAUAUUACCAAUAUCCCCCAGGCUCUGCUGCUGCCUCUGCUGACGCUAAUGCCAAUGCUCCUAUUUACUAUCCAGUUGGACAAGGUUCCAAUGCUGAUGCAACUGCAACUGCCUCUGCUGACGCUAAUGCCAAUGCUCCUAUCUACUAUCCAGCUGGUUCCAAUGCUGGUGCAACUGCCACUGCUGACGCUAAAGCUAAUGCUCCUAUUUACUAUCCAGCUGGACAAGGUUCCAAUGCUGAUGCAACUGCAACUGCUUCUGCUGACGCUAAAGCUAAUGCUCCCACUUACUAUCCAGCUGGUUCCAAUGCUGAUGCAAGUGCAACUGCAACUGCUUCUGCUGACGCUAAUGCUAAUGCUCCCACUUACUACCCAGUUGGACAAGGUUCCAAUGCUGAUGCAACUGCCUCUGCUGACGCUAAAGCCAAUGCCCCUAUCUACUACCCAGCUGGACAAGGUUCCAACACUGGUGCAACUGCCACUGCUGACGCUAAUGCCAAUUAUGUUGGAUAUUACCCAGCUUACCAAGGAGCCAAUGGCUUAAAUUUCAACUUCCCAGAAGGAUCAACUUUUGAAGUUUAUUACCCGCAGGAGGUAGAUUUGACCAAUGGAUAUCCAGUGUAUCCAGUAUAUCAACCAACUGCAGAUGUCAACAUUCAAUCAAAUAUCAAUGACGGUAUUGUCUACUAUCCAGUACAACCAGUAUUUCCUAUCUACCCUCAACAACCAGUUGCAGCCGCUGACGCCAAUGCUAAUGCCAACAACGGAUUCCAACCACCAAUGCCUGGUUUCACAACUGGAGUAGACGCUAAUACCAAUGCUAACGCCGGAAUUAAUACACAAAAUAACUUCCCAACGGUACCAAGUCAUCCAAGUAGCAAUGCUAAUGCUAAUGCAAAUGCUAAAGCAAACGCAAAUGCUGGAAGCAAUACACAAAACAAUUUCCCAACUGUGACAAAUCAUCCUAGUAGCAAUGCUAAUGCAAAUGCAAAUGCUGGAAGCAAUACACAAAAUAAUUUCCCAACGGUGCCAAGUCAUUCAAGUGGCAAUGCAAAUGCUAAUGCUAAAGCUCAAGCCAAUGCUGGAAGCAAUACACAAAAUAAUUUCCCAACUGUUCCAAGUCAUCCAAGUGGCAAUGCAAAUGCUAAAGCUCAAGCCAAUGCUGGAAGCAAUACACAAAAUAAUUUCCCAACGGUUCCAAGUCAUCCAAGUGGCAAUGCAAAUGCUAAUGCUAAAGCCAAUGCUAAUUCGCAAGGUAAUGCCAAAGCCAACGCUGGAGCUAAUGCCAAUUCUAAUCACAGUGGACUUAAUAUAAAUAAAGGAAAUUCUAAUGCCAAUGCUAAAGCCAAUGCUAAUGCCAAUGCUAAUGCCAAUGCUAAAGCCAAUGCUAAUGCCAAUGCCAAAGGAAAUAAUUUUAAUAGAGGUGCAGGCAAUGCAAGUGCAUCAGCAGUAGCUAAUGCUAAUGCCAACGGAAAUAAUCUAAAUAGAGGAUCUGGAAAUGCAAAUGCUGUAGCCAAUGCCAGUGCCAAUGCAAACAAUCUAAAUAGAGGAUCUGGAAAUGCAAAUGCUGUAGCUAAUGCCAAUGCAAGUGCCAAUGGAAAUAAUUUAAAUAGAGGUACAGGAAUUACUAAUGCCAAUGCCGUUGCAAAUGCCAAUGCCAACUCCAAUGGAAAUGCUAGUGCCACCGCUAAUGCUGAAGCCAGUGCAUAAAAAAAAAAAUUGUCAAUUCUAAUUCUUUUAAAUAAAGAAAAAUAAAAAUUAA